AAUAUCUUCUAUCAGAUUUUAUCAUAAAUUAUUCUUUGAAAAAAAAACUUGGUGGAGGGAGGGGAGGCUGUCUUUAUCGUAAACUACUGUACAGAAGAAGUCGAUCUAUAUAUAGACUAGAUUGUGAUUCAUAAUUUCAUAACAGCUAUAGAGAAAGUAGAGAAUGGAAGAGAGGCUUCUUGGAUCAGAAGAAAAAGAUUCUAAUGAUUUGAAAGGGAGGAUUUUGGUAGAAAACAAGAAAAUAUGGAAGGUUGGAUUUCCUGCUAUGUUAGCAAGAGUAACACAAUUUGGAAUGUUUGUGGUAACACAAGCUUUCAUUGGACAUGUUGGGGAACUACAACUUGCAGGUUAUGCACUCAUCCAAAUCAUUACCAUUCGAUUUGCAAAUGGGAUAUUGCUAGGAAUGUCAAGUGCCACUGAGACUCUUUGUGGGCAAGCGUUUGGAGCACGACAAUACCACAUGAUGGGUAUCUACUUGCAAAGAUCUUGCAUCAUCAAUCUUAUCACUGCAACAAUAUUGCUUCCUGUCUUCAUAUUCUCAGGGAAAAUUUUCAGGCUACUGGGUGAGGAAGAAGAAAUUUCCAAAACUGCUGGAUAUAUCUCUCUGUGGUUCAUUCCUAUUCCCUACUUCUUUUCCUUGGCUAUUACCAUACAACAGUACUUGCAAACUCAGCUCAAGAACAUGAUUGUUGGGUGGCUUUCUGCUUACUCUUUUGUACUUCAUGUGCUAUUGUCAUGGAUUUUUGUGAGCAGGCUGAACUGGGGAAUUCCUGGAGCUAUGAGUGCUAUGAAUAUUUCAAGUUGGUUGGUCGUAAUUGGAGAGCUAGUUUAUGUCUUUGGUGGCUGGUGUCCUGAUACUUGGAGAGGAUUCACUUUAGCUGCCUUCACUAAUCCAAUUCCUGUAAUAAAGCUCUCAAUUUCCUCAGGUGUGAUGCUUUGCUUAGAGUUAUGGUACAAUGCUGCUUUAGUCCUCUUCGCAGGAUACAUGAAAAAUGCAACAACUCAAGUAUCUGCCCUGUCCAUUUGCCUUAAUAUCACAGCUUGGGAAUUUAUGCUAUGUUUUGGAUUCCUAACUUCCUCCAGUGUGCGAGUUUCAAAUGAACUGGGAAGAGGGGAUGCUAAAGCUGCAAAAUUUUCUGUUAAAGUCAUCUUCUUCACUUCACUGUGCAUUGGAGUCUUCUUUUUCGUAGUAUGUUUAGCAUUUGAUAGACAAAUUGCUAAAUUGUUCACUAAUGAAAAAGAAGUCAUUCAUGCUGUGUUCAAUCUCUCUCCCCUACUUGCCUUCUCCGUUUUGCUUAAUAGCUUUCAGUCAGUGCUUACAGGGGUGGCAGUAGGCGCAGGUAGACAGAGUAUGGUUGCAUACAUUAACAUCAGCAGCUAUUACAUUUUUGGGGUGCCAGUUGGACUUAUUCUUGGAUAUGUGGCUCAUCUGGAAACUAAGGGUAUAUGGAUUGGGAUGAUAAUUGGAGUUGUAAUGCAAGUUACGGUACUUGGCUACAUUACGUCAAGAACCAAUUGGGAUGAACAGGUGACAAAGGCAUCGGAACGUCUUGAUAAUUGGUUCUUAAGGCCUUCAGAAGAAUCAAGUGCCGAAAAUGCCAUAGAAGAAAGAUUGAAUGGCUAGUUACUAUCAUGAAAUGAUUAAUUUUAAAUUAAUUACAUUUUGUAUCGUGAAUUAAAAUUUUCAAUCUCAUUGCAAUAUUCAAAAUAAUCUAAAUCCAAAUGAUUAGAAUUUGAUUCAUAAAAUGUUGUGAAGCAAAUUAUUUAGCCAUGAAAGAUUUAUCAAGAGCCUUUGACUUCGCUGUUUUUAUAUAAAUGGCUUGUUGGGUUGUUAUGAC